AUGCAAUUAAAGAGUAUCACUUACCCAGCUUGCCCAGGAGGGUCAGCACAUAAAUGGGCACAGCCAGGUGCCGGGUGCUGUCCUGGCAGGAUGCAGAACUCCAGGAGCAAGCCCUGCUCCUGCCCCAGCCUCAAGCUGCGAGAGGUGGCAUCCAUGUACUUCACCCUGGUGGCAGCAUUCCUGGUCAUCCUGGUGGUGGCCCUGCAGGGCUCGGCGCCCCGGGGGAAUGAUUUCCCCUACAAGGUGCCCCUGGAUCCUCAGGGGUUGCUGGAGCUCUCCUGGAAUGUCAGCUACCCCGAGCAAGCCGUGCACUUCCAGCUCCUCAUCAGGGACCUGCAGUUCGGGCUCCUCUUCGGGAUGUCAGACAGGGGAGAGUUUGAGAACGCAGACCUGGCCGUGCUCUGGAGUGAUGGGCACAACUCCUACUUUGGGGAUGCUUGGAGCGAUGCCAAAGGGCAGCUCCACAUGGAUUCCCAGCAGGACUACCAGCUCCUCGGGGCUCGUAGGGCUCCUGAGGGGCUUUACCUCCUCUUCAAAAGAGCCUUCAGCACCUGUGACCCCAAGGACUACCUGAUAGAGGAUGGCACUGUGCACCUGAUCUACGGCAUCCUGGAGAAACCUGUGCACUCCCUGCAAGCCAUCAACAUCUCUGCCCUCCACGGGGGACUGCAGAGGGUGCAGCUGCUGAAACCCAACAUCAGCAUCCCUGAGCUGCCCAGUGACAUGAAGACCAUGGAGAUAACAGCCCCAGAUGUUGUCAUUCCCAGCCAGGAGACGACCUACUGGUGCUACAUGGCAGAACUGCCAGAGGGCUUCCCCAAACACCACAUUAUCAUGUACGAGCCAGUGGUCACAGCGGGCAACGAGGCUCUUGUCCACCACAUGGAAGUUUUCCAGUGCACGGCCGAGUUCGACAGCUUCCCCCACUACAACGGGCCCUGUGAUUCCAAAAUGAAGCCAGACAGGCUCAACUACUGCAGGCACGUGCUGGCAGCCUGGGCCAUGGGGGCACAGGCAUUCUAUUACCCUGAAGAAGCAGGUCUAGCCUUUGGUGGCCCAGGCUCCUCCAGAUAUUUGCGUCUGGAGAUCCAUUACCACAAUCCCCUGGUGUUCAAAGGUCGCCGUGACUCCUCGGGGAUCCGGCUGUACUACACGGCCACCCUUCGUCCCUAUGACGCUGGGAUCAUGGAGCUGGGCUUGGUGUACACCCCAGUGAUGGCCAUUCCCCCUGGAGAGGACAGCUUCAUCCUCACGGGAUACUGCACUGAUAAAUGCACCCAGCUGGCUCUGCCCGCUGCUGGCAUCCGCAUCUUUGCCUCCCAGCUGCACACACACCUGGCAGGGAGGAAAGUGGUGACGGUGCUGUCCCGGGAUGGGAAGGAGCAGCAGGUUGUGAAUGCUGACAGACACUACAGCCCUCACUUCCAGGAGAUCCGCAUGCUGAAGGAGGUGGUCGCGGUUUUUCCGGGUGAUGAACUCAUCACCACCUGCACAUACAACACUGAGGAUAGGAGCAGAGCCACCGUGGGAGGGUUUGGCAUCCUGGAGGAGAUGUGUGUGAAUUACGUGCACUACUACCCCCAGACCCAGCUGGAGCUGUGUAAAAGCGCUGUGGAUCCAGGCUACCUGCACCGGUACUUCAACCUUGUGAACAGGUUUAACGACGAGGAGAUCUGCAUGUGCCCACAGGUCUCUGUCCCACAGCAGUUUUACUCCAUCCCCUGGAACACGUUCAACAGGGAUGUGCUGAAAUCCCUCUACGGCUUUGCUCCGAUCUCCAUGCACUGCAACAAAUCCUCGGCCGUCCGCUUCCCGGGCGAGUGGGACAAGCAGCCGCUCCCCAGCAUCACCGAGAGGCUGCGGGAGCGCAUCCCUCGCUGCCCGCCCGCCCCGGGACCUCAGCCCGCUGCCCCCAUCCCCGUCAGCCUGGGCCGGCUCCGGAGGGACUGA